UCAGUACGCUCUCUGAGUAGGCUCGAGAGUAACAUUACGUAAUAAUAGUAAAUAUAAUUAUGGAUUUUAAAAACAAAGUAGUGAUAAUAACCGGCGGUAGCUCGGGGAUCGGGGCUGAAACGGCCAUCCAGUUCGCUAAACUAUCCGCUAAAGUUGUAAUUGUUGGAAGAAACGAAGAGAAACUAAAGAAAGUCGCAAAACAAUGCGAUGAAGCUCAAGGUAUCAAAUCACUAAUAGUCAAAGCCGACCUUACCAAUGAUUCUCAAGUCAAGAACAUUGUAGAAGAGACAGUUAGACAAUUCGGACAUAUCAAUGUUCUUGUAAACAAUGCUGGUAUAGUAGCACAUACGGAGAUCCAAAAGGGAGUGGAAGAUUUCGACAAAGUAUUCAGUACAAAUCUAAGAAGUGUGUAUCUCUUGACCAGCCUUGCUGUUCCUCACUUGAUCAAAACUAAAGGGAAUAUUGUGAACAUUUCUAGUGUUGCAGGGCAAAAACUAUUUCCAAAUUUGACUGUCUACUGUAUGUCUAAAGCAGCUUUGGACGUGUUUACAAAAGGUUUAGCUAAGGAGCUGGGUCCAAGUGGAGUUAGAGCCAAUGGAGUAAGUCCUGGCCCAGUGAAAACUGAUAUUUUAGUCCAUGCUGGUUUAGACGAGUCUGCCAUUGUGAAGAACUGGGAGGCAUCGAGUUUGUUGGGGAAGAUGUGUGUCAGCCGAGACAUAGCUGACAUGGUGCUGUAUCUUGCGAGUGAUAAAGCUAACAGUAUCACGGGGAGCAUCAAUGUCAUUGAUAACGGACGGCUAUUGGAGUGAACAACUUUGUGUCUUAUGUAAUUAAAUGCAAUUGUUGGAGUCGAUUUUUUUUAAAUUGUCAAUACUAAAUUGUUUUGUGUAAAUACAUCAGUCAUUUCUGUGACGCGA